UUGGGCACGUCACGGACAGCCUGUCACGCCUCCGAAAUGAUCUAAUUCGCUUAUUUAUUACACGAGUAAUUAAAUUUAUUUCGUGUUAAAAUAACAAGUAAGAUAUAAAUAUAAAUAAUGGCGGACGCUUUAGAACCAGAAUCGGAAACUGAUAUCCUGAAGCCAGUAAAGGAAAUUCCUGUGGUGCAAGACCAGGGCAUCUUUAAACACGACACCGGCGAUAUUUACGACGGUUUCUUUGAGGCUAAGAAAAAAGACAGAAGCGUGAAAAUGCACGGUCCUGGUGUUUACACAACAGCGGAGGGAGACACUUACUCCGGGACAUGGGAGGCAGAUCGUUUCGGAGCCAACGAGAAUGUCACCAUUAAAUACAGUGACGGUUCAAAAUACGUGGGUCAAUUCAAAGAUUGGUCAUACAGUGGACGUGGGAAUUACUAUUAUCCAGAUGGAAGCAUUUUAAAGGGAGAAUUUGGUGAAAAUGCACCAACAGGCCAUUUGAGUCUAAUUGACCCUAACGGGCAUAUUUGGCUGGGUAAAGCCGAUCAGGGCUACGGAUGGUUUGAACCGGUCAAUCACUUUUAUGAUAUGCUGGAAAAAUCAAAGGAAAGUAAAAUAAAGAAACAGCGUAGAGAAAUAGACGCGGGUGUUCGUUCUACUAUCGAAACUUAAUUUGUCGAUA